AUGUCGCUUUCCCUGCCCGGGCCCUCCCAGGCGGGUCUCUUCAAGGCCGGCUACCAGAGCCACGACGCCGAAGAUGGAGCCGUUAUCCGUAACAUUGAAGCCUGCCAGGCUAUCUCGCAGACCGUGCAGACCUCCCUGGGACCCUACGGCCGCAACAAGAUCGUCAUCAACCACCUGCAGAAGAUGAUCCUGACCUCCGACGCUGCUACCAUCCUCCGCGAGCUCGAUGUUGUCCACCCCGCUGCUAAGCUGCUUGUUAUGGCUAGCCAGCAGCAAGAUGCUGAGAUGGGCGAUGGUACCAACAUGGUCAUCGUCCUUGCGGGCGAGUUGCUCAAGAAGGCGGAGGAGCUUAUUCGGAUGGGAUUGAAGACCAGUGAUAUUACUUCCGGUUAUGAGAAGGCACAAAACUUUGCCUUGAAGGUUCUAGAGGAACUCGAGGUCGAUCGUCUCAAGGAGAUGCGCUCGGUUACGGAACUCAGCAAGGCGCUUCGGACGGUCGUGGCGAGCAAGCAGUCCGGUACGGAGGACAUCCUUGCUGGGUUGGUUGCGGAGGCCGUUCUGGCCGUUCUGCCUAAGAACCCCCUCAACUUCAACGUGGACAAUGUGCGGGUCGUUAAGAUCAUGGGUGGCAGCUUGGAACAGUCUCGUGUAGUGAAGGGUAUGGUGUUUGGUCGGGAGCCAGAUGGAAUUGUCAAGCAGGCUCGCAGAGCCAAGGUCGGCGUGUUCAGCUGCCCCAUUGACACCUCGCAGACCGAGACCAAGGGCACUGUUCUGCUGAAGAAUGCCCAGGAGAUGGUCGACUAUACCAAGGGUGAGGAGGAGCGCUUGGAGACUGCCAUCAAGGAGCUGUAUGACUCCGGCCUUCGCGUGGUUGUUGCUGGUUCUACUGUCGGCGAUCUUGCCAUGCACUACCUCAACCGCUUUAACAUCCUGGUCAUCAAGAUUCUGUCCAAGUUCGAGCUCCGCCGCCUCUGCCGCGUCGUCGGUGCUACCCCUCUGGCCCGUCUGGGCGCCCCCAUGCCCGACGAGAUGGGUCAGAUCGAUGUCGUUGAGACUACCGAGAUCGGUGGUGACCGUGUCACCGUGUUCCGUCAAGAAGAUGCCAAUGCUGUGACGCGCACCGCCACAAUCGUUCUGCGCGGCGCCACCCAGAAUCACCUGGAGGACGUCGAGCGUGCUAUCGAUGACGGCGUUAACGUCGUCAAGGCCAUCACCAAGGACCCGCGCCUCGUGCCCGGUGCUGGAGCCACCGAGAUCCAGCUUGUGGAGCGCAUCUCAGCUUUCGCUGACAAGACCCCGGGUCUGCCACAGUACGCCAUCCGCAAGUACGCCGAGGCAUUUGAAGUGAUCCCGCGCACUCUCGCCGACUCCGCCGGUCUGGAUGCCACUGAGGUUCUCUCCCGCCUGUACACCGCACACCACCGCACCGCCACUGAAGAGUCCUCCGGAGAGGACGAGGGCAGCUCAUCCGAGGAGGAGCCCUACUGGACCACCGGUGUCGACCUGGAGGCCAGCACCUCCGCCGGCACCCUGGAUACCGUUGAGGAGGGUAUUCUCGACCUGAUGGCCUCGAAGAGCUGGGCCAUCCGUCUGGCCAGUGAGUCUGCUCGGACUGUGCUCAGUGUUGACCAGAUCAUUGUGGCUCGGCAAGCUGGUGGCCCUAAGCCGCCGGGGCCGAACCCCAACUGGGAUGAGGAUUAA